ACUCAUGAGUACUAACAUAUACAUAAUAUUUACACCAAAAUAAUAGCUUGUACUCGAAUCUAGUUCGUUCCAGGACUCCACCACCUCAAAAGCAGAAUGUGGACCGCAAUGGAAACACACUUAAAAUCGAUCAGAUAAGUUUGUGAUUAGCACAUUAAAUGAACCAGAACAACCUGUUAAACCCAAGCAAACUAGCCUAAGGAUUUAGAAAUCAAAGUUCGUUGGUCGAUUUUGUAGAGUUUUGAUCGAGUUGACACUGGUUUUUGUCGUAUUUUGACCAAACUGAAACGAGUUCGAAAAAGUCCAAAAUAAUUGUGUGGCACCUGUUUUCCCCACCGGUCCGACUAGGGAUGGCAACAAAACCCGAACCCACGGGUACCCACCCGACCCAACUCGAUCAACGCGGGUAAAAUCAGUAUUGACGGGUUUUGGGUCGGGUUAGGGUUUAAACCCGUCCAUUAUUCACCGGGCUGGGUUCGGAUUUAGGUAAACCGGCCUCAUUGGUACCUGCCCACACCCAUAUAAUUAAUUUUCUCGGUAUAUCUAAUAUUCUAAACAACUAAUCUUAUUUAUGUUUGUGGAGACAAGUCUAAUUUUUUAUUUCUAAUUGUGUAGAAUGAAGUUGAUGUUAUCGAGUGGACAAUGAAGAAAUUUAAUUGACACAGAGAAAAAGAAGUUUUAAAUUAAUCAUAUUAUUUAUGGAUAAUUUGUGAUUUGCUUCAAUUUUCUUGAGUUUUCUAGAAUGGUGUUUUAUAUAUGGAUAAUUUGUAUUGAGAUAUUGAUAUUCGACUUUAAUUUUGAUAAGAACUUGUUAUUGUAAAUUUUUUACGACAAAAACUCGUGGAUACCUAUGAACCUGCAGAUACCCAGGGAGUUGGGUUAGGUUUGAGUUUUUCAAACACAAUGGGUUUUACUCCGAAUUUUUGUCACGAAUAGGUUUGGAUUUGGGAAAACCCAACCCAUUGCCGGUUCGACUCAACCGUGGUUAAUAACCUUUUGAUAUAACAAAAUAGGGUUUUUUAUUUUUUUUUUAAUUUUCUUUUCCCGCCCCCCUUGCUUUAACUUUUAACUAUGAUAUUUGGUUUGGUUUUGGGGGAAGUGGAGAUCAGACGAUGAUGGUGACGAAUGGCCUACUGAACAGAUUGGCCAGCGGUCUGAUUUUUGGUUUGGAUGGUGGCGUGGCAGGCCCAGGCCCAGGCCCACCAGGACAAUACAUGUGAUGGGAGAUGGAAGAUCUGAAUGACACGUUGCAUCCAGCUAGCUAGGGUUUGUGGGGGCAAUAGUGUCUGUCUCUCUCUUUCUCUCUGACCAAUGAUGAGAGAUGAUUAUUAAGCUUGGGUCUUACGGUUUCUUUUACUUAUGAUAAAUGAUUGUUUUGUUCCGCCCGCUAAACACCCAUUAAUUUCGGCUUUACCCCAACAAAGAGUGAAAAUCAAGAUACAUAGUACACUAAUUGAGAGCUCAUUCGGGGAAAACACUUUUUUUCUUAUGCUAACCUGUAUCAUUUGUUAUUAACUAGCGGUAGCGGUUACAUUAAUCCGACUGUAGCUGGUCAAUCAAAACAAUCGGUGAUUUAUCCAUCCAGACUACCAUCUCAUCCCAACUCGUCUUAACGUGUGUCAUUUACAUGAGCUGCCUGAUUUCCUUCUCUACCAACAUGCUGCCAAGUAGUCGUACUCGUAUCCAUCAAAGCAAGAUAGUGCUUAGAAUUUCGAGACAUAUAGUACCAAUCUCAGAUUGCAGAGUUGCCGCCCUCGUCAACUUGUCCACCAAACCCAUACUGUACACUUCCAAUAUAGGGUUUAUUAUGUGGGUUCUGAUAGGCGACUUGAGUUCCGAAUUCAGCAGCCAGUGCUUCAGCCUCCUCCACCUCCCAGCUGCCUGGUACGCAUUUUGCAACAGCCAUAAGGAAAGUGCCGUCAUGAUUACGUGCAACCAUUCCCAGUCCGAUACCUCCCGUCGCAAAAACCCCAGCAUCAAGUAUUUAUCUUUACUCUCCCCGCAGCAGGACACCUCCAUCUCACCUCCCUUGCGUCUGUCGUGGAUGGAACCUCAGUUCGCACAUGGUGGGUAUAGUAGUCUUGUAGAAAAAUAUGCGCGCGAGUAGUGAUCUCAUCCUUAGCCGACCUCAGGUAGUCGGAUUUCGUUAAACAUAUGUGCAUUCCUCUCCCGCCAUAAGAACCAGAGCAGCGCACACCAUGCCUCCAUCUCCUCAUUUGUCGUCCUACUCCUCAUUUUUUAAGUGGUAUGUGCUGACUUGGCAGUGACGUGGCUCAUUGAUUGUUAGUCAAUGUGUUUGACCGUCCAAGAUAACGGUCAAAUCUUGGGUUUGGCCAACUUCGUAACUUUGAUGAAUAGUCGAGGUCAAGAUAUUAUAGAUCGAAAAAAUUGGUAAGGAUAUUUAAUUUGUGAAAAAUUCAAACCAUACAAAUAUAUUAACCCUUCGUCCUGCGGAUUUGCUGCUUUAUUCAUGGGACAUGGGGCGAGAUGCGUGUGUCGAUUUGACCGGAUCUUCACCUCUGACUCAAACCGGGAUGACUGGUUUUGUGCCUGGCUGAGUUGUUGCUGAUGCUGCUCAGCGAAAGUGUGCCAAGUAUCGGGACUUGUGUAUGACUGUUGGGUAUUGUUUCUUGCCAUAUUCUUUUUCCUUCGCUGGGAGAGUUGGAUACGGAUAAACGUGACUUUACUCAAGAGGAUCCAGAAAUUCUCCAUGCCUCAGUAUUUGUUCCUCCGUUACAUCAAAAUUGGACAACUCUUUGAUCUUAGAAGGCAAACAAAAAAAGUGUGGGCUUUUAGUUGGGUCGUACAGAUAUUAGGUCAUACGUCUUGUCGAAUCGGUUAGAAGUGGAAAACGAGAAAUUAUUGCUUCUUAAAAAGAAUUCUCAACUUCUUGAAGUUUUUUUCUACUGAAGGGUGAUUGCUGGGGUAACAAGUUAAAACUCGACCAGCUUCUCCACGUCUUCUAGCCAACUUCAUCCAAAUACUUUAUAUAUAUAUUCAUAAAAAAAGUCAAUAACUACUAGUCCUUUAUUAGUUGGCUGGCCAAUUGAACAGUAACCCAAUUUGUUUAUUCAUUGAUUUUCUUACUUGAUUAUGCCUCCUGGACUAGACAAGAUUGCAUGCUAACUUUUAAGAGGUUAGCUUCAUCCUCACUAUUCAUCAUAAGUCAUAACUAUUCUAAUUACAAUUCAAUUCUUUUUUAAGUUACAUUUAGUGAUGGAAAGUAAUGAGAGGAAGCUUAUUCGGAUUUGAGUAUAAAUAAGUACGUAAAAUGUAAAAGUUACGGAUAUAGCUAAGCAAAAUGCUACUUAUAAUAAAACCUCAUACAUACUUACAACAUAAAUUACUACCGAGAAAUACCUAUUAUAGAAUGGCUAAUAAUAAAAUAAAAUAUCCACUACACAAUAGCUACUCAUCAAAGCAAUAAAACACUACUACAUACAAAACUCUACUACUCAUUUUAAGGUCGUAUCAAAGAAUUAGGAACUUGGAGACUACUGAUCGAUGACACGUAGAAAGAACUAUUUUAGGCCCCAUAACCUAAAAAAUUAUAUAUUUAUUGUCAUAAUAUAUUGAAUUUAAUUCAUAAUCAUUCAAAGUAUGUAGCUAGGAAUAAAUGAGAAGAGGAUGAAUGAGAGACUGAAUACCAGGCAUAGAUGAUGAUGAUAACCGACCCCCUUAUAAACACUUCUCACAACCAUAGUCAGGAAGGAACUUUCAGGUGGUGGUUCGGUGAAAGGUUACAACCAAAACCAAGAAAGGAGCAAGUUUGUUGUGAGUAAAUUCUAACCUAGUGACUAUGUUAGUAAGAAUAUGAUAAUCGGGUCAUGAAGCGACAAGAAUACAUGGUAUGGAUAUAUAACGAAUGCUUAGUUUCUAUUAUAUGUGCUAUGGUGUGUGUGUAUGAAUGAUAUGACGAGAUGAGACUGUGAAAUGGAAUGUGAUGAACAAAUGUGUGAUUGAUGU